ACCGCCCCCAACCCACUAGCUGCCUGUCGGUGCUGCCCGCACAUACGGUCCGCAAGUAGCUAUGUCUUGCACGCCCUCCCUGCGUCGUUGUUCUCUCCUAGAACAGACUGAGCCAUACGCACCCACGGAGUCAAAUUUUCGAAGUUCCCACCCCCAAAAUUCCACCGUGUGUGAUCCUCAGGAGUAAGGGAGGGAGGUUAAGGGUUAGCCCGGGCACUGGAGACAAUGCGGCCGCUUUUUAAAGACCCAGAGACUAGCCCCGCCCACAGUGGGUGGGGUUGGCACUGAACGGGUUAAGCCCGCCUUAUCGGCCUGAAACUACAGGCCUAGGGGCGGAUCCUGGGGCUUACUCCCUGUAGACCUAGAGGUGCUGGUGUUGCUGUUGCUGCCGCCGAGGCGGCUGAUGCAGGAGGUGAUGUUGGCUCCCAGCCUGACUCAGCUGAGCCUGGAUCCUACGAGUAGGCAAGAGCUUAUUCUGAGCCCCUGGCCCAACCACGCUGACUCCUACCCUAGACCCUGUGCACUGGAUGGAGCUGAUCCUGAGUACCAACCCAGCUAAACUGACUGUGGAUCCUGCAUGCCAAUCAGAGUUGACCCUGAGAUUCAACCUAACCAAGCUAACCCUGGAUCCCAUACACCAACCACAGCUGAACCUGAGCCCCAGGCUAGCUGAGCUGACCUUGGAUUCCACAUGCCAUCCAGAGAUGACCCUCCGAUCUGACCCAGCUGAGCUGACCCUGGAUUCCAAACACCAGUCAGAGGAGACCCCACUCCCUAACCUGGCUGAGUUGACCCUGGAGCCUGUGCAUUGUCGACCCGAGCUCCUGGACGCUUGUGCUGACCUCAUCAAUGACCAGUGGCCCCGCAGCCGUGCCUCUCGCCUACACUCCUUGGGCCAGUCCUCAGAUGCCUUCCCUCUCUGCCUGAUGCUGCUGAGCCCUGGUCUCACCCCCGAAGCAGCCCCCAUUGUGGUGGGUCAUGCCCGUCUGUCACGUGUGCUGGACCUGCCCCAGAGCCUCUUGGUGGAAACAGUGGUGGUGGCCCGGGCCCUUAGGGGCCAUGGCUUUGGCCGCCGUCUCAUGGAGGGCCUGGAGGUCUUUGCUCGGGCCCGGGGCUUCCGCCGACUGCACCUCACCACUCAUGAUCAGCUAUACUUCUAUGCCCACCUGGGCUACCAGCUGGGUGAACCUGUUCAGGGCCUGGUCUUCACCAGCCAACGGCUGCCCUCCACCCUGCUCCGUGUCUUCCCUAGGGCCCCCUCUUCCCAGCCACCCUGCAAAGUCCCUAGCCUCACUGCCCAAGCAGCCCCAAGGGGACGUAAGGGGCCUCCACCGCCACCACCCCCUCCCCUGCCCACCUCACCCCCAUCUCCAGUAGGGCCCCUUCCACAAAACCUGCUGGAGACACAAUACCAAGACCUCAGGGGAUGCCCCAUAUUCUGGAUGGAAAAAAAUAUCUGAGAGCCACCUAGAAAAAGGCACUGUCCUUCUGAGUCACUGGACUGCCCAGAACAGUACCAGCCUCAGCCCACUGGCCAUACUUCAGCCCCUAGCCCCUGGGGGCAACUUUAGCCUGGAUAUAUUUCCUGGGUAUGAGGGGGGCCAAAUAUGGUAGCUCCAAUAGCUCUGGCUUAGAGCCAUCAGUGUAGAUGAAUAAAGGCUUCUGUUGAGUGUAGCUGUGACAGUUUUUUAUUGAUCUCCACCCUCACUUUUCCAGUUCCCUAUCCCUAAAAAGUCCUUGGAUCCAACUUGGCUCUGGGGUCAUUGAUGGGAUGACACCUAUCCUUUGCCUGCCUAACCUGCCAGACCCAGAGGACAGAAUGGCUCUUCCUUUACCCAUUCAUUCACUCAUUACCAUUCACUGAGCCCUGCUGUGUCUGACCCUGGACUGGGUAUAGGCAAUGGGGAAUUAUACAAGAUCCCAUUCAAGGGGACAGAUGGGCGUACUGUGUCAGGAUCUACUGUGGGACAAGGAAGUACAAAGGCUUUGGGAGCACAAGUGCCCUCACUCCCUCUAGGGAUUCAGAAGACCCAGAGGUGAAUGAUAUCAUAGCAGAGACCUGAGUGCUGAGUAGGAAUUAAGUGAGGCAUGCGAGGUGGUGAGAGCUGAGUGUUCUUGGAGCAGGGACCAAAAUGGGAAGAUGAAAGAAGAGUACUUGUGAUAGCUGUGGUGGGGGGGAGUCUGGUGCCUUGACAGAGAUGCAAAGCACUAGAGGGGCCCUACCCAGACCAGUUUGGGGCAUGGCUGCUCUGAGAAGCCUAUGGGAUCCCUUAGAAACCAUCAUUUUCCCAACCCCCAUCCUUGUGGGGAAGAGCUAGGAAGCUUUCCCUGCUCCUCCUGCUGUGCGGAAGUCA